CUAUAAACAACCCAUACACAUAGGUAGGGUUUGCUUAUUUACAUCUCUCUUUGACCCUCUCUUUUCUUUCCUCAAUCUCUCUCUCUCCGCUUCUUUUUCCACCAAGAAAAUGCGUGAAAUUCUUCACAUUCAGGGAGGCCAAUGUGGCAACCAAAUCGGGGCCAAGUUCUGGGAAGUGGUCUGCGCCGAGCACGGCAUAGACGCCACCGGACGGUACCAUGGCGACACUGAUAUUCAGCUAGAGAGGAUCAAUGUCUAUUUCAACGAGGCCAGCGGUGGCCGCUUCGUUCCUCGGGCCGUGCUCAUGGAUCUGGAACCCGGGACUAUGGAUAGUCUCAGAUCUGGGCCUUUUGGUCAGGUUUUCCGUCCAGAUAACUUUGUUUUUGGCCAGUCUGGUGCCGGAAACAAUUGGGCUAAAGGGCACUAUACUGAAGGAGCAGAGUUGAUCGACUCUGUUCUUGAUGUUGUUAGGAAGGAGGCAGAGAAUUGUGAUUGCUUGCAAGGGUUUCAGGUGUGCCAUUCUCUAGGAGGUGGGACGGGGUCUGGAAUGGGGACCCUUUUGAUAUCGAAGAUUAGGGAAGAAUACCCAGAUAGGAUGAUGCUGACUUUCUCUGUGUUUCCAUCACCCAAGGUCUCGGAUACAGUUGUGGAGCCUUACAAUGCCACAUUGUCUGUUCACCAGCUUGUUGAAAAUGCAGAUGAGUGCAUGGUUCUUGACAAUGAGGCCUUAUAUGAUAUUUGCUUUAGGACAUUGAAGCUCACAACCCCAAGCUUUGGUGAUCUAAAUCAUUUAAUAUCUGCAACCAUGUCUGGGGUUACAUGUUGCCUAAGAUUCCCUGGCCAGCUCAACUCUGAUCUUCGCAAACUUGCGGUGAACCUCAUUCCAUUUCCUCGCCUUCACUUCUUCAUGGUGGGUUUUGCUCCUCUCACCUCGCGCGGUUCUCAAUCGUACCAGUCCUUGACAGUCCCCGAGCUCACCCAGCAAAUGUGGGACUCAAAGAACAUGAUGUGUGCAGCUGACCCACGCCAUGGCCGUUAUUUGACAGCAUCGGCUAUGUUCCGUGGAAAGAUGAGCACAAAAGAGGUAGAUGAGCAGAUGCUGAAUGUCCAGAACAAGAACUCUUCCUACUUUGUUGAGUGGAUUCCCAACAAUGUCAAGUCCACUCAAUGCGACAUCCCGCCUACUGGGCUUAAAAUGGCGGCGACAUUCAUUGGCAACUCAACAUCAAUUCAGGAAAUGUUUAGGCGUGUGAGCGAGCAAUUUACGGCUAUGUUUAGGAGGAAGGCGUUCUUGCAUUGGUACACAGGUGAAGGAAUGGAUGAGAUGGAGUUCACAGAGGCUGAGAGCAACAUGAAUGAUCUGGUUUCUGAGUACCAGCAGUAUCAAGAUGCAACAGCUGAUGAAGAGGGAGAGUAUGAGGAUGAAGAGGAAUAUCAGGAGUGAUGCCUGAGCAUAUGCUAAUUUGGAAACUUGCUGUUACUGUGGUUGUAACCUCAACUACCAGUUUAUACAGAUUGUAGGAUUCGAUUGGUCAAUCGAACAACUAUGUUAUUUUACCUUCUAUGACUGAAAUAUGAUUUUCUAUAGUGUUUUCUAUAUUUUUUUUCCCUUAA